AUGUUUAGAAGAUGGUGCUCGUAUAAAGUAAACCCUAGGCUUAAAUUAACAAAUGAAGAUAUAAAGAAAUAUUACAUGCUAAUUAAACAAUCAGAAUAUGAAUUGGAAGAAAAUAAACAGAAAUAUAGAAAUGGUUUUGACUCAGUUUAUGCCAAAAAAUCAAAUAAAUUUAAACUAGAAUUACGAAGGAAUUUGAUUAAUAUAAUUAAUGAAAUAGUUAGUGUUAAACUAGAAUUACCUACUCCUGAAGUUGAAUUUGAUAAUGAGUUGAAAUCGGAAUUGAUUUCAGAUAAUGCUAGUCGUGUUCAAUAUUGUCGUUCAAUUAUACAAAAUGUAUACUUUAAUAAAUGUUCACCAACCCAAACUAACCUUUUAAAUUACUUCAAGUAUAAAUAUAAUGGUUCAAAUAAACAAUUUCAUAAUAGUCUAACAUUGGAGGAACGAGAGAGGCUAAAAUUCGAAUUAAUUGAUCAUGUUUCAAAAGGUGAAGAUAUAAUAGGUAACAAAUUUGCAAAAUUUAAAUAUAAUAAUGUCAUUGGUUUGAAUCUACCACCAAAUCAAUAUAAAGUGGAGCGGAAGAUUCCUAAUUUGGACUUGAAAAUUAAUAUAAAUACUGGUAAAUGUGAAGUUAGAGAUAUAGAUGAGUAUUAUAUUUGGAAUUACUACUUGGCUAAAAGAUUAAAUGACAUGAGUUAUGAUGAGUCUUUAUUUUCAGAAAAGAUGAAAAUUAUAGAGAAAGAAUAUAUUGAUUUAGAUAAAGCUCAGUUAUCGAAUGAAGUUUCAAAUGUUAUCGAAAGUGGUCAUUAUUAUUUACAAGGCAAGUUAGAAAGCUUCAAAAUUAUUAAUAAAACUAUCCGAUCUUUGAUUUAUCGACAUCCAAUCAAGUUUGAAUUUAACCGGGAUAGAUAUUCAACUCCAAAAUAUAUUAUAAACUCAACAUCAGGUUACAUACUACCUAUAAUUCAAAAUAUAGAUGAACAAGAUGCUCUAGAUUACUAUAUUGCAAAAUAUAAAAGUAACCUACUUAAUUGGAACAAAUUAAAAAAGAAAGAUAAACAAGCGCUCCUACAAGAAUACAUAGACUUAUUAAAAUCAGGAAAUGAUAUAUAUUUGGGUGAGUUGGUUUCAAUUCAGGACAAAAUUCAUAAUAUAAUAUCAAAUAAACAUUUUAAACUUUCAAAUUCAAUAAGGAAGAAAUACAUAGUGGAAAUUUUUGGACAAGUUUACAUUACAGAACUUUCAACAAGUGCAAUACCUGAAGUAUUACCAAUUCCAUACAUAGUAGAUUCUGAAACAGAUAAAAUAGAGAUAUUAAAACCCUUGAACGAGUGGUAUUACUAUAAUUAUUACAUGGGAAAACAAUUACCAUAUAAAACAAUAGUUGAAAUUGAAAAUGAAUGGGAAAUGAUGAACAAGGAAGAUAGAAAGAAAAUUGGAGACGAGUAUUUAGCAUUAUUGAAAAGUGGUAAGGAUUUGUUGUAUGGGAAAGAAGUGUCAAUAUCUGAGAAGAUCAAAAAUAAUGAAAAAGUCCAGAAAUUACUAAAAUUACGAAUUGUUAAUAAGAAAUCAUUAUUUUUGAAAAGGAAUAAUGAGUAUAGGAAAAUUGCGAAGGAUGGUAUUGUUAAAGUGUUAGGACAUUUAUCUGAAGAUGAUGUUUACAAAUAUUUCAAACAUGUUAAAUUAAAUGAAGAAGGUUUGAGAUUAGAUGAAAUAAACAAGCAAUGGCAAAAGAUCAACAAUAAUGAAAAAAAAGAAUAUAGACAAGCAUAUGAAUUCCUUUUGUCAACGAACAAUGAUGUAAGUUAA